AAUUAGAUUAAAUCUCAUCUUCAGAUUUAUCUUGUUGAUAUUGUUCGAUGUUAUGGAAUUACUCAAGAUCCAAAUAAUAAAGAGUAUAUGAUGGUUUUAAUUUAUUGUGAAAAUGGAAAUUUGAGAAAUUAUUUAAAUAAAUCAAAUAAUUAUAUUAAUUAUAAAUCAAAAAUUGAUCAAUUACAACAAAUUGCAAGAGGACUUUUAGAUAUUCAUAAUGCUGAAAAAGUUCACAAAGAUUUUCAUUCAGGUAAUAUAUUGCAUGAUGAGGAUUCUCUUCCAUUUAUAAGUGAUUUAGGAAUGUGUCAACCAGCAAAUAAGCAAAAAGUUAAAGAAGAAGGAAUUUAUGGAGUAUUACCAUAUAUAGCACCAGAAGUUUUACGUGGAUACCAAUAUACAAAAGCAGCAGAUAUUUACUCAUUUGGAAUAAUAAUGAACGAAUUUCUUUCUGAAAAAAUUCCUUUUAAUGAUAUUCCUCAUGAGGAUUUUUUAGCUUUUAAAAUUUGUAAAGGACUUAGACCAACAAUUUCUAAAGAUAUACCAAAAUUACUUGCAGAUUUGAUAAUAAAAUGUUGGGAUGCUGAAAUAAAAAAUAGACCAACCACUAAAGAAUUGCAUCAACUAUUGAAGAAAUGUCAAAAUAGUGAAAUAUAUUUUCAAAUAAAAGAAUGUGAUAAAAUUAGUAAAGAAAAAUUCAAAAAGAGAUCAAAUGAUGAUAAAUCCAAAAACUUCAAAACACAUCCACAAGCAAUUUAUACUAGUAGACUUUUAAAUUUCAAAAAUCUUCCAAAACCAGUAAAUUCUUCAGAUUUAUCAUCUUUUCAAUUCAGUUUAGAUGCUAAUUAUACUACUCAAUCAACAUCAACAAAUCCACGUAAGUAUUCUCUUAAUUAUUAUCAAUUAUUAUAA